CUUCGCAAUUCAAUUUCAAAAUCUUGCAUUGCCAUUAAGGUAAUUGCCAAAGUUACUCGAUUGCACUUUUCUUUCUUGAAUCCCAAUUAGGCGUAGGAAUUUCAAGAAUGGCCAGCGCAAAAAGGGGGCAGUGAGUGAGAGCCCUAAAUUUCUGAGGGUGGAGAGUGUGUAAGGUGGAAGUGGUGGAGUCCACAAAUUUUGCUUUUUGAUUUUCAAGCUAAAGUUGAGAACCCCCCCCCCCCCCCCCCCCCUCUCCCGGCUCGAAAUUCGAUUGAGGCGGCGCAGCUGUUGAAGCAAUUUGAAUUCUUGGUUUUGAUCGGUCCAUGGCGAGCUCGGCUUCUCGGUCGGAGAAAUUUGCGGCGACUCCGACGACUUUUGCAACAGUUGCAGUGUCCCCGAGUUCAGUUGCGACUAGGGUUUUGAAAACGCCUUUGAGCGACGAAGCUAUUUGGAAACGGCUAAAAGAAGCAGGCUUCGAUGAGGAGUCCAUUAAACGCAGAGAUAAGGCCGCACUUAUUGCCUAUAUUGCCAAACUGGAAGCUGAGGUAUAUGAUCUCCAACAUCAAAUGGGGCUUCUUAUAUUAGAGAGGAAGGAUUGGCUGGCGAAGUACGAUGAAGCCAAAGCUGCUGCUGAUGCUGCUGAGCUGAAUUUUAAGCGGGAACGGGCUUCCCGUGUUUCAGGCUUGGCUGAUGCCAAGAAAAGGGAAGAAAGUCUCAAGAAAGCUCUUGGUAUUGAGAAGGAAUGUGUUAAGAAUAUUGAGAAGACAUUGCAUGAGAUGCGGGCAGAAUAUGCUGAGGUGAAGGUUGCUUCCGAAAGUAAAUUCACUGAGGCUAGGAGUAUGAUGGAAGAUGCUCUAAAGAAGAUGACUGAGGCUGAUGAGAGGAUGCGAGCUGCAGAAUCACUGGAGGCGGAGGCCAGUCGAUAUCACCGUACAGCUGAAAGAAAGCUGCAUGAAGUUGAAGAGCGAGAAGAUAACCUGAGGAAGAGUAUUGUGUCUUCAAAGUUCGACUUUGAAGCUAAGGAAAAAGAGAUCAAGCUUGAGAGGCAAGCCUUAUCUGAAAGGCAAAAGGCUUUAGAGCAAAUGCAUGAAAGAUUACUGGAAGGGCAAACGCUCCAGAAUCAGAGAGAAGAGCAUGUUUUCGAUAAAACCCAAGAGUUAAAGAGAUUUGAGAAAGAGUUGAACAAUUUGAAGUUAAAUAUUGAGAAAGAACGUCAAGACUUAAAUGAAGAAAAAGCUUCCCUAGAUCUUAGAGCAAGUUCUUUGUCAGCCAGAGAAGAGGCUGUUGUCAAAAGAGAAAAUGAUCUCCUCAAGAAGGAACAAGGGCUACUCGUGUUGCAAGCUAAACUGGAGACUAAAGAAUCUGAGAGCACUCAACAGGUAAUAUCUAACCAUGAAGCUACUCUGGCAGUCAAGAACUCUGCUUUCGAGGCUGAAGCUGAAAUGAAACGCAAAAUGCUGGAAGAUGAACUAAAUGCUCGGAGGCGGGAUUGGGAGUUGAGAGAAAUUGACCUCAAAGACCGUGAGGAGUAUAUCUCUGAAAGAGAACGUGACUUGGAAGUUAAGUUGGGACAUCUCAAAGAAACAGAGAAGGAAGCAGAAGAUAGGCUGAAGAUGGUGGAAGAGAAACAAGAAAAUCUCAUAGCUACUGAGGAAAGCCUUAGACUGAAGGAAAAAGAUCUCAAUAAAGAGAAAGAAGAAAUCAGCCAGGUAAAACUUGACCUUGAAAAGUAUUCUCAAUUGCUGGAGGAGAAGAAAAAACAUGUUACUGAUGCAGAAAAGAAGAUAGAGGCCAUGAGGAAUGAAGCAAAUGAAUUGAUGGCCCUUCAAGUGAAACUUAAGGAAGUGAUUGAUGUUAUAAGUGCAGAAAAACUGGAGCUUGAGGCUGAGGCAAGCCACUUGAAAGCAGAGAAGGCAAAGUUUGAAGCUGAGUGGGACAUUAUUGAUGAGAAACGAGACGAGCUGAAAAAGGAAUCUGACCGUAUUGCUGAAGAGAGACUUAAUGUCUUCAAAUUUCUCAAGGAAGAGCGUGACAGCUUACAAGCUGAGAAGGAUGCAUUGAGGGAGCAGCAUAAACGUGACUUGGAAUCACUUUCCCAUGAUCGUGAAACAUUUAUGAAAGAACUUGAGAGUGAACGUAAUGAGUGGUUUGUUAAGAUUCAGAAGGAAAGAUCUAAUUUCGUGCAGGAUAUUGAGAUGCAGAAAAAGGAGUUGGAUAACUGCAUUGAGAAGAGACGUGAAGAAAUUGAGAAUUAUCUCAUGGAAAGAGAGAAGGAAUUUGAGAAGGAAAAGGAGAGAGAACUCGAUCAUAUUUCUUCUCUCAAGGAAAGAGCAGAAAAGGAACUAGACCAUGUAAACUCUGAAAUGCAGAGGCUUGAUGCUGAAAGAAAAGCGAUCAAUUUGGAUCGUGAAAGGAGGGAGCAAGAAUGGGUUGAUUUGAAUAACUCCAUUGAAGAGCUCAAGAUACAGAGGGAAAAAUUGGAGAAACAAAGGGAACUGCUGCGAGCUGAUCGGGAAGAAAUUCUUGUUCAGAUUGACACCUUGAAGAAAUUGGAAGAUCUACAACAGAAACUAGAUUCUAUUGAGGUACAUGAAAUGCACCGCGCCCAAAUGUUGGAAAACAGUCGGAAGCAAUCUGUUAAAAGACAUGUUCAAGAACAGAAGGAAUUUGUUUUGGAUCAAAACGGAAGUUUGGGCAAUACUCCUGGACGUAGAGCUUCCUUGGAUCAAAAUAAGUCAUCUUCUCCCCUUUCAGCUCCAUUAUCAUGGCUCAAGCGAUGUGCUGAUACCCUACUUGACCAUGGUCAGAGUAACAAGAAAAGAAAGGCAGAGAAAGAUGCAAUAUCACACGAUUCAGAAGAAAUGACACCACGUUUGCCACAGAAGUCCCAAAAAACGUCUAAUAAUGGAAGUGCAGCAAAAUCCAUAAGCCAAACCCUUGCUGAUCCAGACAGUGAUGUUUUUAUCGACAAAGUAAUCACCAUUCAAGAAGUGACAACAAUGAGCAACUAUCAGGUUCAGGUUUCAGCAACAACAAACACAUACACAGUUGCUGCUCUGCUUCAAUUUAGGAACUGUAUUGCAAUGGAGGAGUUGCCGAAGAAACUGCAGUUGGCGGCUCUUGGUAAUCACAGCAGAAAGAAUGUUAAAUCUGUCAGUCUGGUAUCUACUGCUAGCAAUGCGACGGUAGAAUUAGCCGACAUUGAUUGGGACAGCCUUGGCUUUUCUAUUAUUCCAACUGAUUAUAUGUACAUCAUGAAAGCUUCUCAAGGAGAGGCUUUUUCCCAUGGUGAAUUACAGAGGUUUGGAAACAUUGAAUUAAGUCCAUCUGCUGGCAUAUUGAAUUACGGUCAGGGAUUAUUUGAAGGCUUGAAAGCUUACCGGAGACAUGAUGGAAAUAUAUUAUUAUUUCGUCCGGAGGAAAAUGCACUGAGACUUCGUAUGGGUGCCGAAAGAAUGUGUAUGCCUGCACCAUCUGUGGAGCAGUUCCUGGAGGCUGUAAAAGCCACUGUUUUAGCAAAUGAAAGAUGGAUUCCUCCAGCCGGUAAAGGUUCAUUAUAUAUAAGACCAUUGCUCAUGGGUACUGGAGCUGUUCUCGGUCUUGCACCAGCUCCUGAGUACAGUUUUCUGAUUUAUGUUUCUCCUGUGGGCAACUAUUUUAAGGAAGGUUUGGCACCAAUUAAUUUAUUGGUUGAGACUGAAAUGCAUCGAGCAACUCCUGGUGGCACAGGAGGAGUGAAGACCAUUGGGAAUUAUGCGGCUGUUCUACAAGCACAGAGUGCGGCGAAAGCAAAAGGCUUUUCUGACGUUCUGUAUCUAGAUUGCGUGAACAAGAGACACUUGGAAGAGGUCUCCUCUUGCAAUGUGUUUGUUGUUAAGGGGAAUAUGAUAUCUACUCCUGCAAUAAAAGGGACCAUCCUUCCUGGAAUUACUCGAAAGAGCAUAAUCGAUGUUGCUCGAAGUCAAGGAUUUCAGGUUGAGGAACGUCUGGUGUCUGUAGACGAACUGCUUGAUGCUGAUGAAGUCUUUUGUACAGGAACAGCUGUUGUAGUUUCACCUGUAGGAAGCAUAACAUAUAACAAUAAACGGAUAACUUAUGGAAGUGAUGGAGUUGGCCGAGUGUCGCAACAACUCUACUCGGCACUUACCAGCCUACAAAUGGGACUUGCAGAGGAUAAAAUGGGUUGGAUAGUUGAACUCAAGUAGGCGAUCUCGUACUAUCGAUAUAAUUUAUAGUAGGUUUUGGAAAUGUCAAUCUAUGGAUCUUUCAUUUUUGUUUUGUUUACUGCUUCUCUGACUCUUGAGAAGGCAAUAGGCUUUAUGUUUCCUAUUUAUCUUUCAUUUCAGAUUUUGAUUCUGUCACUAAUGUAAAUUUGGAGAUAUAUAUGAUCUUUUCUUGUGGGUUAUCUUGA